GAGAGACUUCAAUUCCUUACCAUAACACUGUCUGCGGAAGAAGGGAGGCCAGUUGCCCCUGUUGAUCUCAAUUGGAUGCUGUGCAGGCUUUAUCAUAAAAAGUAUUUGCCCUACCUCACACUAGCUUCUUUAAGUCUAGACUCUGGGCAAGAGCAUUCCUUGGAUGAUGCAUUCCAGAAAAUUGAACUCUUUAUCAAAAACUCAGUCAGGCUUAAUCCUCACUGGAAGGAAAGUACUUCAGUGCUUCCUGCACAGGUGGUGGUCUACCUUCAGCAGGCCUUGUCAAUAGCUAGUCAAGGGGAAGACUUGAGGACUCAGAGGGACCUGUGCCUGAGCCUGGCUAGUGUUUACCAGCAGCAUGGAGCUUUAGAAAAGGCUGUGCCCUUUGCCCAAAAAGCAGCACAGACUGGAAGCCAAAUUAAUGAAGAGGAGGGCUUUGAGGCAUCCAUACUGCUGGCCUGGCUAUUGGUGCUAACAGAGGAACCCAUACAAGCUCAGAAUACUCUGCAACAUAUGCUUAAAUCUUUGGAUGAAACAGACAGUCCGACACAGCGUGGUGUAGUCUACAACCUUCUAGCCCUAUGCCUCCGCAAACAGGGGGCUUCGGGCUUAGCAGAGAGUUUCCUACUCAAUUCCCUGCGCCUAUUCCAGUUUCUCUCAGAGAGUCCCACAGAUCAGGAGCAUGUCCAGGCUUUGCUUUGGCUUGGCAGGAGCUACAAGGAUAGAGGAGGGAGUCAGGAAGUCAGACUAUGCUUUGAGAUGGGCCUCCUUAUUGCUAUUAGUGCCAACAAUCUGCACAGUCAAAUGGUUGUGGCAAAAGUUCUAAGUCGCCAUUAUGCUGACUUGCUGCUGUAUGGACAGUGUAUUGUUUACUAUGAGCACUGUGUGGGGCUGUGCAGAAUACUAAAGAAUAAACAGCUAGAAGGAGAGUACCUGGAACUUCUCAGCAAUCUCUAUCUCUCACUCAACACUGAGAAGUCAUCAAGGAAGUCUCUAGAUUAUUCAAAGCAAAGCUUAAGGAUCUCCAUAGACCUGGGAAAAAGACAGGAAGAGUCUGAGACAUGGCUUCAAGUGGGCCGUAUCUACUAUCUGAUCCAUGAAGAUGAACUGGCUGACAUGUACCUACAGGCAGCAGUAAAGACAGCCCUGAGGAUGAACGACCCAUGCUUUGCUAUGAGCAUUUAUGAGGAAGCAGGAGAUGUGUUCUUCAAAGGACACAGAAACCAACUGGCUGCUUUACCUUUUUACAGAGAUGGGAGUUUGCCAUUUGCACGCAGCAUUAAGGAUGUGCACUCAGAGUUUAGGCUGUUGAGCAAACUCUCAGAGCUCCUGACGAAGCAGAAGCAGUAUGAAGAGGCACUGCAGUAUGCAACACUCGCAGUGCAGGUCAGCGUUACAACUGGUGUUCCUCUGAAUGAGAGAGUGUCCUACCAUCGUCUUGCUUCAGUGUACUUCUCUCUAGGGAAGUAUGAGAUGGCUGAGAACUACUACCUGAAGUCUCUUUCACUCUCCCCCACUGCACUUGAACAUGCCAUUGAAGUUCGGUACUAUGUUAAAGUGUACUGCAGACUUGCUGAUCUGACCCUAUACAGAUUAAAGGAUGCAUUUGAUGCUAUGGGCUACUUCCACUUAGCCCUGGCGGCAGCACUGGAGGACAAAGAAAGCCUAAGCACACUGUACAUAAUCUACAUGAAGCUUGCAGAGAUCCAUGCCAACGACAUACCCGAUGCUGAACUGAGUAAAAGCUACAUGGAAAGAGCGCAGAGCUUGAGGAAGGAACUGGCAGGAUACACAGACUCUAGCGACACAGAAGAAACACAUCAGGACCCAGCUGAGGCAGAGCCAGACACUCACACCAAAGCUGGUCAGUCAGACUCCAGCAGUGGCACCAGUACUCUCACAGAGUCCAGCAUGACCGACACCAGCCUCACAAUCAAUGCUCAGGAAGAGUCUGAGCACAUACUACCUAACACAAGUCACAAAGAAGACGUGGACACCAACGUAUCGGAGGAAACAGAUGCGGGGCCUCCUGAU